AUGCGGGGUGAUCUUAUUGAAGCAUACAAGAUUAUUAACGGACAUGUUAACUAUGGCCAUCAAAUGUUUAACCAUAAUUUGCAUUAUAGUACUCGUAAUUUAUGCAAUGUAUCAUCCUGUAGGACCAGAUUUGCGUUAGAUUGUUUUAGCGUAAGAGUAAUUAAGUAUUGGAACAAUUUACCAAACUCUGUUAAGUAUGCACCUAGUGUAAACGCCUUUAAGGCAGGACUUGAUGAUCUAAAAAGUUAUAACCCGGAUUCUCGUCACGGAUAUUGGUAUUUAUCGCAAGAAAUCUUUAACAGAAUUCCGGAUAAGAAUGACCAUGUUGCUUAUCUUAAAUUGCAUCCAGAGGUUGCUAUGCAAAGACAUAUUUCUUGUUUCUAA